AUGUUCCAGCCCCACGGAAUCGCAUUAGCACCCCGUUGGUUACUUGCAUCCUCCAGAUCACACGCAAACAGGUCGCCAUUGGACCGAGACUCGCCUCUUUCAACUGUAGACAGGCCGAACCGUCAGUUUGGCCGUCUCGGGAGAAGAGCAGUCUCGGCACAACCAAUCGUCGCUCCGGACGCCGAGAAUGACAAGACAACCCAACCGGCCAACUACCGCCCGCCUCUGUCGCAUCGACUCUUCCAGUUGACCCGUCGGCCAUCUGCCCUUCUGGAGGCUCUCUCGAAGCGGUCUUCUGUGCCGGCUGACCCUCUGAAGAGUAUGCGUCGGAAAAGACACAGGCACCAGAAUGCCACCAGACACGACGACCGUCCAAGGCAUUCCAGAAAGUGCGGCACCAUCAAAGACAGACACCUGCUCGUUCCGGCUUGCGAAAAGUGCCUGGCGCCGAAUAAGGUGAGCUCAUCUUUCAGCAUCAUUUAUUUUACGACAUGGGAUUAUGUGAAUUGA